AUAUUGCCUACUCCCACCAAUGUAUAUAUAUAUAUAUAAUAAUAAUAAUAUAACCGUGACACAGUCGCUUUGCAAUUGAUUCGUAACAAUGUCGGAAGCAGUGAAUCCUACAUUACUACGUUAAUAAAUGUGUGUCAUAAUACAGUUGAUCGUUUAACUUAGCAGUCGACUGUACUGGAGGACAAACAAUACGCUGCUAUAUUGGUCGUCGUUUUGCUAUUGGAUUAUUGCCUAUGGGCUACCAGCUUUAUAUUAUAAAUAAGUGACAUCAGUUUUAAAUAUAUAUUAAGCAUAAUGACUAAUCAAGAUAGAGUGGUUUUAAUAACAAAGUCUAAAACGCUCACAUCAACAGUACUCGUAGUCGAACGCCAAGCAGAUAACAACAAUGAGCACAAUGAAAAGAAUGAAUAUUUAGCUGGCGGAGAACAUAGCGGCAUCGUGAUCAGCAAAAUUAGAAAAUACGAUAUUCUAGACGAAACACCCGCAGAUACAUCGAUCCAGUUCUGCGUGUUUCUAGUAAAUGGUCAAACGGGUUUACACACCAAAGAAAGACGUACCAUAAGAUUUUGGUGUAAUGGAGAUAAAACGGUGGACGCAUUAGCAGUGGCAUCUCAAUUUUUUCAAGACUUAAUAUUACCAGAUCAAUUUCCUCUUGAUUAUGUAGGUUUUGUAAAAAGAUUAUUAACUUUAAUGCACAAAGGCUAUAAAUGUGUCUCAAAACUUGAAAUUGAAUUAAAGCAGUUAGAAAGAACAUCAAUAAGACCUGUAAAUCAAGGUACAAUUUUCAACAAUAAUAAUUCAUCAAUUUAUAUUAAUAAGUCAAUCUAUAAAUGUUUUAUAGUUUCUGUUGAAAGCUCGACAUUAAAUUUGGAUAUAUCACCAACUAAAUUACGUGAAUUGAUCGAAUCUUCAUAUCCUAACCCACUAACUAUUGACGAUAUUAACAAAAAACACGGAUGGAAGAACUCAGACAUAAAGGACAAUUUAGAAAAACUACAACAGUCUGGAAUUGUUAAACCUGUCGAUGGUGGUUACACAAGAGUCGUCCUUCAUGACAAAAUUGUAGAACAUAUUCCUAUUAUUCAAUAUAAUCGGCAACCAACUGUGGCCAUUAUAACAGCAGAGUAUUGCGAAAAAGUAGCUGUUGAUAUUUUGAUCGAAAACAAAGAAACAUUUGUACGAUACACCACUGUUGGAGAAUCAAAUGUUUAUACGAUAGGGAAAAUGGGAAACCACAGUGUAGUUUGUACCAAACUUCCUGCACUGGGAUCAAGCAGAGAAGCUACAAUAGCAGCCGGAAAUGCAAUAACUCGCUUAUUAGGGACAUUUCAAAAAGUUGAACAUGUUUUUAUUUGUGGUGCUGGUGGUGGUGUACCACAUUAUACAAGUUAUGACAAACAUGUAAAGCUAGGAGACGUAGUUGUUUCUCAUUGUGGAAACAACCAAAAAGCCGUUUAUACAUACUGCAAAAAUGUCUCAAAUGAAAAUGGAAACAUGAAAUUCCAUUGUCAUCAAUAUAAUCCAAAAAUAUUUGAUAUACAAAUAGCUGCAAUGAAAUUACAAACAGAAGUAAAAUCUAUUGACAAAAAGCCUUUAUGGGAUAUGUAUUUAAGCGAAGCUUUGAAUAAGAUAGAAAAACAAAAAAGCGAUAAUGAAUCUGAUUUUAAACGACCUCCAGCUAAUUCUGACAAACUUCAAAUGUAUAUUGGUGGAACAGAAUUAAUUGAAAUUACUCAUCCCAUUUGUAAUGAUAAGGAUAAUGAUUUAGGUACAAGAAUACAUGUAGGUCCUAUUGGCGGUGGUCAAAGUGUUAUAUCAAAUGCGUUUACAAGACAAAAAUUUACUACUGAGUACAAAUUGCUGGCUAUGGAUUCAGAAUUUGACUCUGUAAUGGGAUCCUUAAUGGGAAACUAUUGUCAUUCUUAUGCUAUUGUUAGAGGCAUUUCAGACUAUAAAGAUGGAUCAGUAAAAAAUGAAUGGCAACCUUAUGCCUCCUUAGCUGCAGCAUCUGUCAUUAAAGCAAUAUUAUCGAUAAUCAAUAUAUAAACUUAUUAAAAUUAUUUAUAUUCCAAAAUAAUCAUGUAAAAUAAGCUUGUUUUUGAAGUUUUUUAGUUUUAAAAAAGUUUUAUUGUAUGGGUUUGUUGUUCCAAAUAAGAUAAAGUGAUUUAGAUAAUUAUUACUAUUUUAAUAUUUUACAAAUCUAAAUAUUUUAAGAAAGCCAG